AUGCCGCUUGAAGGGAAAGGUAUAUCAUUAAGAGAUAAGUAUGGUUUUGAUCUACUUUCCACUCCUGAUGAUGAAGACUGUAUGAAAAAAAUACUUUAUGGUAGUGGUUAUGGGUUGUAUGCAGGUGUGUUUGCUGGUCUCCUUGAGUCUCUUGUAAAGCUGAAAGUCUUCACUCCAUCAACAAUUGGUUUCUCUAUUGCUGGAUGGGCUGGACCUUUAGCUGCUAUUGGUGCGUCAUAUCCAACACUUACUUGUACUCUAGCCAACAUGAGAGGCAAAGAUGAUGUAAUAAACCAUGCAGCUGCUGGUUUUAUGUCCGGUUCUAUAUAUGGAAUUAGAUAUAGGAAACCCUGGGUAGCUUAUUUUGGAGCUUUCUCUUUUGGAGCCUUUUGUGCUUUGAAUAAAUACUGUCAUCAGAAAGGCUAUCACCUUUAUCCUGAUGAAGCGUACAAUGUACCUAAUGCCAAUUCUCAGUUUACUUAUUACAACAGGAGCUUUUUGGCAACAAGAGGUUCAGUUCUUGGAAACCAAGACCAGUAA